GUUUAUGUGCAUAACAACAUGGUCACUGAAGACGGUCUGUUGAGUCGUUCAUCUGAAUUUGAAGCUGCAAUACAGAAUGGGGAAAGAACUUUAUUAAGGGUUUUAUGUGAUAAAAAGACUCAGAAAUCAGAAUAAUGCAAAUGGUUCAGAGAAAAUCGAAGAUGAUGAUGUGGAAGUGGAAGAGAGCAGUGAUCCUUCAUUUGAUGACAGUGUUCACUGUUCAGCGUGCUUUAGUUGUUGGGGACAACAAGAGGGCAGUUUCUCAAUGCAUAUCUGCAAAUAAAUGGGCUGAUGCUUUAGUUAUUGCUCACGUGGGUACUACCUCCUUGUGGGAAAGUACAUGGGAUCAAUACCUUAAGAAGAACCGAUCACCAUACUUAAAGGUUGUUUCAGCGAUGGUGAGCAAUGAUCUCUUAAGCCUUGUGAACACCAGGCCUCUAAAAUUCUGGAAAGAAACCCUUGCUCUUUUUGCUCAGAGAGAUGAAUGGACUAUGCUCUGCGACACACUUGCUUCAAAACUCAUGGGGGAUGGCAAUACAUUAGCUGCUACUCUUUGUUUUAUAUGUGCUGGAAAUAUUGAUAAAACAUUUGAAAUUUGGUCAAGGAGCUGCAACUCUUUGAAAUUUCUUCAGGAUUUGAUGGAAAAAACUAUUGUUCUUGCCUUGGCAACUGGGCAGAAGCGCUUUAGUGCCUCUCUGUGCAAGCUUGUUGAGAAAUAUGCUGAAAUCUUAGCAAGUCAAGGGUUGCUGACCACAGCAAUGGAGUAUCUAAAACUUUUGGGUUCUGAAGAACUUUCGACAGAACUUGUGAUAUUGAAGGACCUAAUUGCACUGUCUACGGAGCCUGGUAAACUUUUUCUUGGAUUUCUAUAUGGCAUGGUUUAAAAAAUAGAGGAAAAUGAUUAUUCAAGAACAUUCAAUUUUAUGCUUGAAAAACGGUCGAACCUUACCCAUUUUUCUCAUUCUUGAUUAUUUAAGAACAUUGAAUCUUCUGUUUGAGAAUAAAUUGAACCUUCAAUUUUGUUAAUCAAAAUUUAAAAGGGUGUUAAAAAUGGGGUGGAGUAUAUUGCUCUAGUAACCCCAAAUUUGACCGUUGGAAUCGAUGAAUAUCCGUUGUUUUAUAAAUUUUAACGGAUGGAUCAUAGAUAUGCCUCAAUGACCAUAUAGUAAAAUGUUGGAUGAACUUAAUGACCCUAGUCCCUGAAUGUGAAAGCUAGUUGUUGCCUUAAUUGCUACUCAAACA